GUACAACCAAAAAGCACGUGGUGGGUACAGGGGACGGGGAAGGGGGGGGUGGAGUGGGAAUGAAAAUAAAACCCAUUGCUGCCGUGCCAUGUACCCAAAAAAACAGUCACACACGCUACCAGAAAAUGCUGCACAGGUCCGACGGUGCUGCAGCGGUUUGUGUAAGACAAGGUGGGGCGCAACAUUGACACUAUGGAAAGCUCUACAGCACACCGGAGUCGAUCACCUAGAAAGCCAGACAAUGUCCU